AUGGAUGACAUGGACGAAGUCACCUGGCAUGAUGAUCCGGAGGAUUACGACAAUGAUGAUGAUGAGGCUGAGAACCUUCGUUCCGUCAUUGAAGUUGUUGACGCGAGGCUAGUUGAUCCUGAAGAGAUCAAAAACGAGGUUUCAGGAAUGCAGCAGCGCCUCGAACGAGAUGUGAGUGCCUCUGAGGCCGCUGAGGUCGAAGUGGUCGUUGAUCGGCAACCACAAGACAACUCAAACGAGGUCAUCCGCGGAAGUAUACAGGAACUCACCGACGCUGUAAAUCGUCUACGCGCAGAGAUCCAGGCGCAGCCCGAAGGCCCGCUGGGUAUCUCAGCUCGUAAUUGGCAAAGAGUCAAGUAUAUUGCUGCCGCAGGAUUGGGAAUAUACGCGUUCACGUCGGACACGUUCCAAACCGUCAGUUUCAUACAAACUGCUGUGACAGGCUCGAUGUUUCUGCAGACUAUCGAGCGCCUAUAUGACGCAGACGAUCCGGCCACAAAGAAUCGACAGGCAGUAAUUAAAUGGGUAAACCAAGACGAGAAUUCGUUUUGGAAGUCGUGGGUGUCUCUGAUUUUGCACAUUAUUUGCUUGUUGCUGAUAUAUUUUGACCACUCUAGACAAGCUGAUUACUAUGUGCCGAAGACCAAGUAUUCGUUAAUUGCGCAGAUCAACAAUGCUCAAAUGAUGAUGUAUGUCGCUGGUGGCAACUCCAAGUUGAAUCCUGUCAUUCGAUGGAACGCGGCCGAGAAGCUGGCUGUCGUGCAGGGUCUAUCGAAGACGUACCUGAAAAUGGGAUCCCGAGCGAUGUAUCUUUCAGUGACCUCAUACGAGCAUGAGGGCAAGCCACUGCCCCGAGUCGCUGCUCUAGGGUGCGUGUCGCUUGCACUCGCGCUGGUUGUCGAAUACUUGCAGGCUAAAAGCGGAAAUACACUUCUUCUUCGUUCUGAUGUAGCCGGGGCCACUCUUGAGGCUACCGAUCGCCCAGCCAAACACUUCGAGCCCAUUUUUGUAUUUCAGAAAGUUUUCGAUCCUGAUUUGGAAUUGCGGGACUACGCACGACUAAUCACCAAGGCUUGGAAUGCUACGAUGCACAUCUCGCAGAAAGAUGAGCCUACGCGCGAUCUGUUCCUACAUAAUCCACCGAAAAAUAUCAUCAAAGAAGAGCUUAUGAUGGACGAAGCUAGUGAGGUCUUGUCGAAAUUCACUGAUGUUACUGUCAGAAGCAAAAUACAACAAAUCGUUGAUCGAUUCUUGGCUGUGUGUUCAACAACGUAUCCUCUCCUCCCGGAGAAACCAUCAAUGGACAUCAUCUCGCAAUGCUUACUGGUCCUUACCGUUACGCAGUACCUGGAGCCAUAG